ACGGCGUCGCUCUUACUUUUUACGAACGGACGAAACUUCGACCCGUCCUCUCCAUUAGCAUCCCUGUCCUGGAACCAGAUCUCUCUGCCUAUGCAUCUGUCGACAAUGGAUCAUCAUAUACGCAGCUUUUUCCGUCUGCUUAUCGUCUCUUCUAUUCUCGGCUCAGUAGCUAGGUCCAGGCUGACAGCAGUGGUUCAGUUUUCUUCAUUGAUGGCCAAAAUCGCCAGUAUCUUCGUACUUCACCAUCAAACGAUGUCCUGCAGUCUCACUUAAUGUCGCCUCUGGAAGUGGGUGCUGCUGUGUCUGUCUUGCUUGGUUUUGCACCCCUGACCACACUUUCAGCUGCUGGUUCAUCUAAGUUGAAUGAAGUUCUCAUGCCCAAUCCAUUUGAUAGGCCCCGUGCUGUUUUCAUGCUGGAAGUCACAGGAGUCAAUGAUUUGGUUGCUCCGGCAAAUUCCAUGUUCAGUAAUGCCCUUAGAAGCAAGGUUAUUCUUGAUUCGAAAAAAGCUCAAAUUGAACUGCCAGAUGAAGAAGUCUCUGUGGUUUCUUUAGAUGAAAAAUUAUCAGAUUGCAAUGACGAGGAACUAAGCAGCUUGGCAUCUUGGUUGGGCGGAUCAUAUACUAUUGAUAAUUUGGAACCACGAAAUGGAAAGUUGAUCAUCCCCCUGGCUAGCGGUUCCAAUAUGAUUCUUUAUGUGUCAAAGAAAGCGGACGAGGAAUUCAUAGGAAGUCUCUUGGCAUUGCUCCGUAAUAGCAGAAGAGCAAUAGAAAUGCAUGAAGAUCUGUCACAGGCUAUUCAAGGACCUGCAGAGUUAAUCAUAGGUCGUUUUGAUGGCAUUAAGGCUUUGCAAGAGCAAUAUGGACAUGAAGUUGUGAAGCAAGGAUUGGAGCUAUUGCUUGCUACAUUGUCUAAAUUGCUUGAUUCAUACCAAGCAGCAUACAGAGGUCAAAUUGUUGGAGUUAUCAUCUGUACUGAGAUAUCUUCUCCAGAAUCAGGAACAAUGUUGAAUGUGAUUAUGACUUCUCGACCAUCUGCACGUUGGUUGGCUGAGAAAGAAGGAUCAAAUGCAACUAAUGCAACAACCAUUGCGGAAAUAGCAUUGGUUAGAAAGACCCUAGCUUGGGUGACAGGAAUUAUUCUUCUCAUCUCUACUCUAUUAGGGAUACAUCUGUUGCUUAAUAUGCCACUCACCAGGGACACGCUUCUCUAUGCUAAUGUCAAGCUUGACUAAGUUGAAAGAUAGUUGAUGAAUCUUUUAUCUGCCAGAAGUGGUGCAGGAUGGGAUUGGGCCUUAUGUGAAUCGGUUACUUGUAGAUUUCUUAUUAUCCAUGGCUGUUUACAUUGUUGUGAAACCUAUUCUUAUUUAUUGUGUGGUAUUGAGUAGGUUGCACUGGUAAAUCAGUUGCCCUGUUUUUUAAGCAUCGGUAGCCGGCGCUUAACCAAGAAAAUACAAAAAAGUUUCUGGUUGACGCAAGGUCGCUUUAGGUACCGUAUUUUGGGGGAUGGAGAAUUGAAAUCUAGAGGGAGAUUGUCAUAUCGUGCAUUUGUUGCAUGAUAGUGAUAUAUAUUUUUUAGUUGACAUUUCAUUUAUUUGUGUCUUGAGAGAUUUUAAUAAAGAAAAUUGUUGAGAUUCCCUUGUUA